GAGAGAGAGAGAGAGAGAGAGAGCAACAAACUCAACUAUCGCAAAAGUGAAAAUCAGACAGUGUCAGUGAACGCUGCGCUUUUACUACGCGGAUCCGCAUUUUACUGCCAUCAACAAGCACGCGCUUCGAUUUUCAAUUUCCAGCCCUGAAAAUAAAGCACAAAACAACACGGCUUGUGUCAGCUGGCAUUGGCAUGAGCUAACCCGAUCAGACAUGGAAACCAAGCCAUUCUUAUCAUUGGGGUUCCUGAAACCCCAGUGCUCGCUGGCGCCGCCCCCUCAGAGAGGCCGCGGGGAAUCCUGCUCCUGUUUCAGCGGCAUGUGUCCUCUCCAUCAGCGCAGACUCUCCACAGACUCGGGUCAGGUGACCUCAUCUCCUCUGAGCUCUCCCACGUCCCACCGGCCCAUGCACCCUCCCCUGCUGAGCCCGACCUCCAUCGGAGCCUCGGGAUCCCUGCACUCACCCAUCAGCACACUCAGCUCUCCAAUGAACGGCCUCGGCUCUCCCUUCUCCGUCAUCAGCUCUCCCAUGGGUCCUCACUCCAUGGCAUCUCCCGGCAUGGCUUACGGCCCCAGUGUGAGCCCACAGAUGUUACAGUUGAACUCGCCGAUGAACUCCGUCAGCAGCUCAGAAGACAUCAAGCCUCCGGUGGGCAUUAACGGCAUGAUGAAGGUGCCAGCGCAGUCUUCGGGAACCCCUCUGUCUCUCACCAAACACAUCUGCGCCAUCUGCGGAGAUCGCUCCUCUGGUAAACACUACGGCGUCUACAGCUGCGAGGGAUGCAAGGGGUUCUUUAAGCGAACCGUAAGGAAGGACCUGACCUACACCUGCAGAGACAACAAAGACUGUGUGAUCGACAAGCGCCAGCGAAACCGCUGCCAGUACUGCCGCUAUCAGAAAUGCCUGGCCAUGGGCAUGAAGAGAGAAGUUUUUUUGCAUACAGCCGUUCAGGAGGAGCGUCAGCGAGCCAAGGAUCGAAAUGAGAAUGAGGUGGAGUCAAGCAGCAGCGCCAACGAGGACAUGCCUGUGGAGAAGAUCCUAGAAGCCGAACUCGCCGUCGAGCCCAAGACCGAGACGUACAUCGAGACCAACCUGGGCAUGCCGUCCAGUUCGCCCAAUGAUCCAGUCACUAAUAUCUGCCAGGCAGCAGAUAAGCAGCUCUUCACCCUGGUGGAAUGGGCCAAGAGGAUCCCGCACUUCUCUGAACUGCCCCUGGACGAUCAGGUCAUCCUGCUGCGAGCAGGCUGGAACGAGCUGCUCAUUGCAUCGUUCUCGCACCGCUCCAUAGCCGUGAAGGACGGCAUUCUGCUGGCCACGGGGCUCCACGUGCACAGGAACAGCGCCCACAGCGCCGGCGUAGGAGCCAUCUUCGACAGAGUGCUCACAGAGUUGGUGUCCAAGAUGAGGGACAUGCAGAUGGAUAAAACAGAGCUGGGCUGCCUACGGGCUAUAGUGCUCUUUAAUCCAGACUCCAAAGGCCUGUCAAACCCCAGUGAGGUGGAGGCUCUGAGGGAGAAAGUCUAUGCCUCUCUGGAGGCGUACUGCAAGCAGAAGUACCCUGAUCAACCUGGGAGGUUUGCGAAGCUGUUGCUGCGGCUGCCUGCGCUGCGUUCCAUUGGCCUCAAGUGUCUCGAACACUUGUUCUUCUUCAAGCUCAUCGGGGACACGCCCAUCGACACCUUCCUCAUGGAGAUGCUGGAGGCACCCCAUCAGAUGACGUAAAGAUAUCACACGCUCCUGUUGCCCGGGGAGACCGGGGGAGGAAGCUAGCCCCUUCUCGUUAACUUAACAAGACUGAUCACGUGACGUUAUACGCGGGAGAGGGGAUCAGCAAAGCCGUUUCCUCCAAUCAGUGUCUCGUAACGCGCCCGAGGGGCCUCUUUUUUUUUAUACCUUGUAUAAAGAUAUAAAUAAAAUAUUAAUAAUUCUGAGUGGGACUCAAAGGCAACAGACAAUACAGGACAUGAUGAACCAUUCAUUCACGUGCGGAUAAGUGUAAAAAGAUAAAACAAGAGAGAAAACACAACAUGAGACUCAGAAGGAUCGCUGGAAGUGUCAGGAGGCCGGUGUAGCCGGUUCUGGAGAACGACAGGAUUGAAGCUGUGGAGAUGAUCUUGACUACAGGAGAAGGAAACCGAAGGAUGAGCUCCGCGAUGGGGCUUUGACGGCCUCAACAACAUCCGGCUCCAGGCGUCUGGGGAAACGUGCGCUCAGAGAUGGACUGGACGUCGACGUAAUCAUGACGACGAUGAUGAGCUUUCAGAGCAGGAGAAGAUUUAUGGCUUUGAGUGAAAACUCUUGGAUUAUUGAAUGCUAGGCUGUUACUGACUCUCUGUUCUUCAGAUAGUGAACAAUACCGUCCCACUGUUUCAACCGUAUCUUGUGAGGGGACAGGAAGCAAAAACUUGUUGGGUGCAGUGACUCCGCUCACAACUCUUUUCACUGUGUCUCGCUUCCCGUCCGGACGUACGCGGAUAUUUUUGAUCACGUAGUUUCUGCUUUGUCUUUAAGCCUCCUGUCCACACACACAUACAAAAAAAAACCAUUUCAGGUCACUCAAUAUAAAGCUUCAAAACUGAAACAUUUCAUGCGGAUGUGAAAAAUACGGCUUUGAAAACGAUGGUCACAGCACGAGGCUGUGCUUUGAGCUUAUUUUUCGGGGCUAUCAUUUCAUAUUUGAAUGGCGUGAUGACAAUUUAAUUUCACAUAUUUCCAUUUCACCUUCUCUAAUGUUAUUCUUGAGACGGUUGACAUGAAAGUUCAUGACGUACUAUCGCCACCUACUGGGAUUGUGUGGUCAUUUUCGUCUUUACUUUUUAACAUGGACUGAUUUUAACCAUUUACAAAAACCAUUGUGUGGACAAAACAACAUAUUUUCCAGAAGACCGUGUGAAUGGAGAUAUUUUCAUAGACAACGUUUGUGCGGAUGAAGAUACCGUUCAUUCGGACAGACGGAUUUUCUACAGAAUUGUCUGUGUGGACAGAUUUUAUUUUAUUUUUUAACAGAACUACGUUUUCAAAACCGUCCAUGUACAUCUGGGCAGGGCGUCAGAGAAGUCCGGUCACUAAAGCAGGUCUUUUCCGGUACAUGAGUUCACUUCCCUCAUAGUCAAACCCAGGUUUGGGAUGAUGCAUCACUCGUACACAACGUUACUGCCACACUCAGUAUUCAUUUCUGUUUCACGACGUGCAAUUACCUCCUUCACUCCUCAGUCGUUGGUCCCCGAACCCCUAAUUCUUGACGAAACGCCUCAAAGUUUGCAGUUGACCUUCUGAGGACGUUCUUGUUUGUUAGCACUUAACCUUGUAUUCUGAGCCUUAGCUGGUUAGUUGGCUCUUGAGGGGAACGGGGCCAAAGACCCUCCACAACCUGCACUUCUCUGGGCAAAACAAGUGUCGUUUAAGAUUUUUUUUUGUCUCUUUUUGAGUGUGAAAUUUCCUGAGCUAUGUAAUGUUCCUAUAUUCUCCAUCUUUGUCCCCCCACCCCCACCCCAACCCUGCUGCUGCUGCUGCUGCUGCUUAACUAUGCAUCUUAGCAUUCUUUCCAAAGACUGCCCAUGGUGAGGUCGCUAUGUUUGUUUUUUCCUUACAAAAAGUCACACCAAACCAACCCUGAGCCUCAGUCUGACUUUUAUUUAGAGGUUAAGAGGCAAGCAGAACCAGGGUUUGGUGCCCUGGUGCUAAUGUGUAUGCAUACAGAGCUCUGAGGUUUAUUUGCAGUGAGGAAAACGAGAAAGCUGUGAGUGACUUCCCCCUAGUGGCCGAUAUGCAGCACUGCAGAAUUACUUGAAGGAUUCCAUUUGGGGAAAAAAAAAAUGGCACUUUUUCAACCUAUAUCUUUCCUUCAGCUGGACAUAGGAUUGGAGAACGUCAGAACAUGAUUUAUUGACCAGUUAAUAUAAUUAACUGAGAUUUAUAAGCGGAAAAAAACGAUCCUUUUUUUAAAAAUAUGAUCGAAGCUGACAGCUUGUUCGAUUUUGACAGCCAGCAAAAUGGAAAGAGGCUUGAACACAGGAAACAGGAUUUCUGAUGGGGGGGCUGCAAAAAAUAAAAUUAAAACGAUCCACCGAACGCAAAUUUUUAAUCACUUAAUCACUUCAUCAAGCGAGACAUUGCCAAUGACUUCUGAUUAGUCGUUUUAGUUUUUGCACUGUAGCUAAGAUGCUAAUCUAGCUGACAAGGAAGCACCCAAAAUCUUUUUCCUCAGACGGUGUUCAGUUAUUUAAAGAUUUACUGAUAUUUAACUUGCUUAGUGUAUCAGGAAAAAGAAGAAGAAGAAGAAAAGAACAAUACUUUAGAGUGUAGCUGAAUAUAGUGGCACUAUAUUGGAGGCGGCCAUUUUGUAAAAACAGAUAUAUUUUCGGUAUCUGAUCAGGUGAAAAGUACGCUUUUCGGCUCUUUUUCAGAUAAUCAGAAGAAAAACAAUUCACCGAAGGAGAUUAAACACAGGAAUUGUGACCUAUAAAAAAAAAUAGAUGUGAUUCGAUUGAUUAAUCAAGUUGCACUAACGCCGAUAAUUUGUCAAUGUUUUUGUGGUAAAAAUCUCUCACUCUGUCUUUCUUUCUCUCUGUCUGCUAAUUUUUUAUUAGCAAUGUUGCUAACAAAUUUAUAAAAAAAAUAAUAAUAAUAUAAAUAAUAAAAAUUGUCACCUCCCCCGACACCAGGGCUAGCUGCUGACAAGCGUCUGGUCCGACUCCAUUUUGACAAUCCAGAAGAAAACACAUAUGGAAAGGAACAAAUUCACCAAAGCCUUACGUUUGUUUACCACAUGAAUCUAAUAUUUUACACAAGAAUACUUCAGGUUACAGACGAUAAAUGUGUAAAUGACACUCUUUAGCUGUUCUUUAGAAGUUUCUAUAUGAUUUCGGCAACUUGUUGAAAAGAUUUUGGGUGAGUUAGCGACAUUAGCUUUGUAGCUCCAGUGCGAAACCAAAGAAUCUUCAGACACUGAAUGUGUCGUGUCUAAUCACUUAUAUCUGAUGUGAUAUUACGUUUUGUAAUACUUCAAUCCAAGAAAUCAACCGAAAACCAAAAUUACUCCACGAUGUCAGCUAACAAACUGUCCAUAAUUCUGACACGUGGACGAUUCUGACAAGCACCUUCAGUCUUACGCUUGGAAAAUGGACCUUAUUUUUGUUGUUGUUGUUGUUGUUCAACGUGAUCAGGUCUUAAGGGAAGGAUUGUCACACCACAGGGAUCCUGAAGCCAUAGACAGAUUUGUGAAGUCGGUAACAACCAACACGAGCUCUCCUGCAGCAAACACCACAAGUCCUCUGAACUAAAAAGAUCGGCAUCGUAAAACGCUUUAUAUAUAUACACCGUAAAGCUAUAUUUUGUCUAUAUGUACAUGUGUAUAUAUUUAGAAAUAUAAAUAUAGAGAGAUUUAACAAAAAAAAAAAAAAUCCUUUCCUUAAAUGUUUCCAAUGUUUGAAAGAGAGAUAGAGAGAAAGAGAAGUGCUUAAGUAACACCUACUAAACGAAUAAUUGCACUGUGUCAUAUUUUCGGAAAGGUUCUACGAGUGUUUCGUAUGUAUGUUGAAAAGAAAAUCGCCGAAGUACUAGCAGCUCUGAGCGCGAACACACGAUCACGCACCAGCUCCUUCACUGUUUUACAAUCACAAUCAUCCUUACGAGACCUCAAGAACUGCGACAACGAAGCCAAAAAGAAACCAAGCGUGAGGCGAAGAAGAAGAAGAAGAAGAAGAAGAAGCCGUCUUGCUCUAUCAGCUGUGUGUAUAUACAACGUGGCAAUCCUCAAAAAACGGGUUUUUUCAGGUGCGUUUUUUAAAAAACCUGAGUCUUUUCAGCUAUUAAUCAGCGCUAAUCAGGAAAGUCUUUGAUUACGAUUGUGAUUAUGAUCCGAAUCGACUCCAUGAGUUCUGAAAUAAAGGAGUGAGAGGAAAAAUUCUAAUCGCCUAAUGAGGAUGAUCUUUGACCGUAACAAUCACUUGUUUAGUUGCUACAGAAAAAAAUAAGAGAGAGAGAGAGAGAGAGAGAGACACCUAAAAAGAUCUAUUUUUGUACAAAUGUAAUUUUAUCUCUUGCUUAUGUCUCUUCAUGCCGCCCUUCCAUACCUCCUUUCGUAGGCUUUUGUAUACGUUGUGUAAAAUGUGGAAGAGAGGAGAAACUCGGAUCUCUUUAAAAGUCGGGGACAGGAAAAGAGGAGAGGUCACCGGUGACGCCCCCUUUUGCAGCUUUUGCCUGUACUUUUGUUUUUGUUUUGAUUUUCUUUCUUUCUUUCUUUUUUCAUGUCACUGAGUGUCAGGAUCCUCUGCUUUUUUUUUUUUGUCCGUUUUUAAAGAUGUUAUUUGUGCUUUGUUCGUUGUUGUUCUUUCAUGAGAAUAGGAAAAAAACAAUUAAAGUUUAAAAAGAUGAAAA